CGCCGACGGUAGCCACAUCAAUGGCCUCGCCCAUCAUCCAUGACGGCAUCUCUAGCUCAUGCCGCCCAGGGUAACCACAACAACAAUAGCAACAGCAACAGCAGAACCAACUCCCACUCCAACUCUGGAAAGUCCAAGCCACCGGCUGGCUAUAUGAGCACCCGAUCGGCGGCUAUGAUGGCCUUGGCUUUGGGUCAAACAUCGGGCGGAAGGAGCGACAAGUCGCCAACCGCUCCACGAGCCGCUUCACCCGCCCAAUCCCAGUCUCAAUCCCAAUCGCAGUCACCUCAUCCCGGUGCCAGGAGGAUAUCAAAUGCCUCUUCUCUACCCUGCAACGCGUCCAGGUCGAAGCCAUCCACACCCACGGCGACCAGGGCGGCCGCCCAGCUCAACGGUUCGAGUGUCUUCUCCGGCGGCAGCAACUCCAGUGGCUCCGACAACGAUGGCUUCAGUACCUCCGGCUCCUCGGCGGCCACCGCCCUCCGGCGGUUGUACUUCAAGAGCGGUCGGAGCAUCAAGAACAAGAUCAAUGCCUCGACCACGUCGGCCACUCCUCUGAACGGACUACCCCUAAAUCCCGUGUCCAGUGCUUAUCACAACUCCGUCGGUGGAGCCAUGCACAACAUGACGACUGCAGGAGGAGUGCCGAAGCUGGUGGUCAUGGGAACCUCAUCAGCCUCGAUUCCCGAUACCACCAUCAACACGUCCACGGACUCGGCCUGCACGCUCAUCACGAAUGUGACCCACACGGACACCUCUGAGACGUGCGACUCCCUGGACUUUGGCGACAACUCGGGUCCCAGCGAGCCGCUUUUCAGUUCGCUGGAGGAGCCGCUGCUCACCGCCGUCCACAUCGAUUCGGAGCACGAGGGAUUCGGCGGGAUGGGCGGCGUGGGAGGUGCCAAUGGACACGGCGCCACUGAGCUGGAACUAACGAGCUGUUCGAGGUAUCCGCCCAGGCCCGACAUGAAUCUCCAGGACAGCGUCGAGAGCCAGGAGUCCUGUUUGUCCAUCCUGACCGGCGAGCCGUCUUCCACCACGCCACUGCUCUCCUCGCAGCGGCGCCACCCGGCGGGCGGUCAUUCGCCGGUUGGCCAAAGGGAGCGGGAGCGGGAACGGGAGCCCAGCACGGCUCCACCGCCCACUCGAGGGCGGGAGCACUUCACCUUCGAUCCCCCGCAGUCACCCAAGUCGGCGCGCAGCAGCGAAAAGUCCGCCAGCCACUUUCCCUUCAAGAACUAUGGUAAUGAGUCGUCGGCCAAGGAUGUGGGCAAGGCAUCUGGAGCAGGAGGAGGACCUGGAUCCGGGGUUGGAGGCAAUGGAGGCAAUGGAGCCGUGGCCGCCAGCGAGGGCGACGAGGAGGAUGACGAGCGCAGCGGCGAGAGCGUGGGCAAUCGCAGCAAGAAGCUGCGACCCCGGGAACGGGACCCCAACCACAUCUCGCCCAGCGUGUCGCCGUCGCACAGUCGCCGGGCGAGUCCGAAGCGGGAGAAGCGCCGGACCACGCCCAUCGCCUCCACGGGGGCUAUAGCCAAGGUCAGCUCAGCGCCGCCCACCAUGAAGGAGGCGAAUUUCUUUGGUGGCUCCGGCAAGCAAAAGCCGAACAGACAAUCGCAGAAUAUCACGCCGCACCAACUGUCCCCGUCCGCCCAGCAGCGGAAGUACUCCUCGAGUUCCUCGAGCGGCAGCAGUGAGCGCUGCCUGAGGGAGGCCACUGGACCCGGCACCAUGUUCCCCUUCGAUCGGGAGGCCCUGGACUACGAGCGCAUCCAGCGGGAGUGCUUUGCGCCCAGCUCCACGACGGCCAGCAACAGCAGCGACUCGGAGGCGGAGAACUGCUCGGUGUACGAGCGGAAGUCGGGGGCAGACAUCUUCCAGCAGUACUCGCGGCUGAGCCACCAGGAGCAGCUGCAGCAGCACUACCAGCAGGAGCAGCGCGACUGGGAGCGGGAUCGUCCGCCCUCGCGCAAGAACUCCAAGCGCAUUCGACCGGACUCGGUGAUCCACACGACCAUCCGAGAGAACCAGCAGUAUGUGCCCCAGUCGGACGCCUUCUAUCCCCAGACCAAGUCCUCCUCCUCGCCCAGCGAUCACUCCUAUGCCGAGCUGAACAAGUUCGAGGACAUCGCGAGCAAGUUCGAGCAGAUCCCGCCCAAGCAUGGCUCGGGAUCGGUGUCCGGCUCCCUGUUGAAUUUGCAGCACAUGAUGCCCAGUCCGGGCAGCGAAUCGGCCGUCAGUCCCACAGACUCCGCUCGUCGGCGGUCCUUCAAGAGCAAGCAGCGGCAUCAGAAGGAGGAGCACUUCUACAUCCAGACGGAGGAGCGAGUCGGGACAGGCGGUAGCAGUGGAAGCGGACCCAUCAACGUGACCGCCAAUCCCUUGGAGGCGGCCGCCGUCUGCAAGCAGCCACGCGCCACAAUUGUCGUCCAGCAGAAAUUCUCAGUUGUAAAGUAG